GGUACGGGCCUAACUAAAACCUACUCAACACCUCGGGCACUGCCACCCACCGGCUGCGAGCCACGUCCCCUCUCUUCCUUGCCCAUGGAUGAUGCGACCUCCGUGCCUACGCUGAGCCGCUGUUAAAGAAGAAGCCAAAAGUGCCAGAGUUGUUGGGAGCAGGGCAGGCGUUCUCGGGGAGUGGGGAGGGGGGAGCUCGGCUGGCAGCAGGAGAGGGGUCCGGGAAUGUUGCUGCUUCCCAGAGCCCUGGCGCUGCCCGACAUGCUGCAGACUAUUUAUGAGACUGAGCCCUGCGCGUCCUCUGCAGAUGGUGUUAAAGGGCGAGAGCCAGCGUUGGAGCUCCUGAGCCGGGCACAGGAGCGCAGCAUGCCCGUUGCAGUGGAGGUCACCCCUCUCCUUUCCGCAGCAGUGCCCUCAUCAAGCAGCCUCCCCCCAAGUCCCGGGGAGUUGAGGCAAGAGCCACGGGCAGCUAGUGGUCCCGGAGUGGCCAUGGACCCGAUGAGCCGAGAGCAGCAGCUCCAGCAGCAACUCAUUCUACUGAAACAGCAGCAGCAACUUCAGAAACAGCUUCUUUUUGCCGAGUUUCAGAAGCAGCAUGAAAACUUGACAAGACAACACGAGGUCCAGCUCCAGAAGCACCUCAAGCAGCAGCAAGAGAUUCUGGCAGCCAAGAGGCAGCAGGAAUUAGAGCAGCAAAGGAAACGAGAGAGGCAGAGACAAGAGGAGGCCGAGAAACAGAGGCUGGAGCAACAACUCCUGAUACUCAGGAACAAAGAGAAGAGCAAAGAGAGUGCCAUAGCCAGCACAGAGGUGAAGCUAAAGCUUCAGGAAUUCCUGCUCAGCAAGUCUAAAGAGGUGCCAGGAUUUGCAAACCAUUCCAUCCUACAGCACCCCAAAUGUUGGGGAACUCACCAUACCUCACUAGACCAUGGCUCCCCUCCUCAGGCUGGAUCCCCCGGUACUUCUUACAAGAUGUCUCUACUGGGAACCUGCGAUGGGCGAGAUGACUUUCCUCUCCGCAAAACUGCCUCUGAACCCAACCUAAAAGUCCGCUCACGGUUAAAGCAAAAGGUUGCGGAGCGGCGCAGCAGUCCCCUCCUCCGCAGAAAGGAUGGAACGGUCAUCAGUGCUUUCAAGAAGAGAGCCAUUGAGAUUCAGGUGUCCUCAGUAUGUAAUAGCGCCCCGGGAUCAGGACCCAGCUCCCCAAACAGCUCUAAUAGUGCCAUCUGUGAGAAUGGAUUGACUGGGAGUGUGCCCAAUAUUGCCAGUGAGAUUUUGCCUCAGCAUAGAGUCCUCACGUUAGAUGGGACAGGAGGGCCUUUGGGCCUAUACACAUCGCCGUCUCUACCCAACAUCUGCCUACAGGGAAAUGCCAGCAGCCUCAGCGGUCAGUUUAGCCCCCAGGAGGGGGCUGAACGCCAGACAUUGAGGCCGGGUGGUCCUUUCCUCAGCAGCACGACCCUUCCCACGCUGGAAGGAGGGGAGAUCAGUUUAGGCGCGCCAUCCCUACUACAGCAUGUCCUCCUAUUGGAGCAAGCCAGACAGCAGAGUGCCCUUAUAACAGUCCCGCUGCACGGUCAGUCGCCCCUGGUAGGGGGAGAACGCGUGUCCAGUUCCUUAAGGUCAGUCACAAAAGGACCACGACAUCGUCCGUUGAGCCGCACACAGUCCUCUCCGCUCCCGCAAAGUCCCCAAGCACUACAGCAACUAGUACUACAACACCAGCACUACCUAGACCAACAGCAGCUCAGCAAGACCGUGGAGGUAUUACGCCAGCCACCCACCCACCCUGAGGAGACAGAGGAGGAGCUGACUGAGCAAGAUGGCGGAGAGCUGUGUCGUGCAGUGUUCACCUUGGAUGGAGGCACAGAAAGCGAGGGAACACAAGAAGAGGAAGAGGGAGGAGAAGAGGAUGACGAGGACAGUGAAGAGGGACGGACCAAUGGCUCAGAGUGCACAUUCAAAAAGCUGUUCCCAGAGGCCCUCCCACUCUAUCAAGGCUCUCUUCCUCAUUCGGCCUUAAGUCGGACCCAGUCUUCCCCGGCAGCUCCACUCAGCUCCUGCAGUUCCGAGUCACGACGCCGGGUCCUGAGCACUACAGGCUUAGUCUAUGACACUCUGAUGCUGAAGCACCAGUGUACAUGCGGGGAUACCAAUAACCACCCAGAGCAUGCUGGGAGAAUACAGAGUAUCUGGUCCCGACUGCAAGAAACUGGUCUCCUCGGCAAGUGCCAGCGCGUACGAGGAAGAAAAGCCACUCUGGAUGAAAUUCAGACAGUUCACGCCGAGCACCACACCCUGUUAUAUGGGACCAGUCCUCAGAGCCGUCACAAGCUGGAGAGCAAGAACCUGCUGGGACCUCUUUCUCAGAAGAUGUAUGCAGUUCUGCCCUGUGGAGGGAUUGGGGUGGACAGUGACACCGUAUGGAAUGAACUACACUCCCCAGCUGCUGUCCGAACAGCCGUUGGUUCUCUUCUUGAGCUGGCAUUCAAAGUGGCGUCCGGAGAAUUGAAAAAUGGAUUUGCAGUUAUCCGUCCCCCAGGACAUCACGCUGAGGAAUCAGUUGCCAUGGGUUUCUGUUUUUUUAACUCUGUAGCUAUCGCUGCCAAAUUGCUCCGCCAGAAGAUGAAUGUGGGCCGGAUCCUGAUAUUGGAUUGGGAUAUUCACCAUGGUAAUGGAACACAGCAAGCCUUCUACAGUGACCCCAAUGUCCUCUACAUGUCUCUCCACCGUUAUGAUGACGGCAACUUUUUUCCCGGUAGCGGCUCUCCUGAGGAGGUUGGCACCGGUUGUGGCGUGGGAUACAAUGUGAACAUUGCAUGGACAGGUGGUGUGGAACCCCCCAUUGGGGAUGCUGAAUACCUUGCUGCUUUCAGAACGGUGGUCAUGCCCGUAGCUCAGGAGUUCUCCCCGGACUUUGUCCUGGUCUCUGCAGGAUUUGAUGCAGUGGAGGGCCACCAGAGCCCACUUGGAGGAUACUCGGUCACAGCAAAAUGUUUUGGUCACCUCACGGCGCAGUUGAUGUCUCUGGCGGGUGGAAGGGUUGUCAUGGCUUUGGAAGGCGGUCAUGACUUAACAGCCAUCUGUGACGCCUCUGAGGCUUGUGUAUCGGCUCUUCUAGGCAUGGAGCCUGUGCCAUUCGAUAACAGUGUACUGCAGCAAAGGCCCAACGACAAUGCACUGAGCACACUAGAGAGAGUCAUUGCUAUCCAGAGAAAACACUGGAACUCCUUAAACAACAUGACCGUGGGUCAUUCCAUUUUGGAAGCACAGCGAGGAGAGGCAGAGGAGGCGGAAGCUGUUACUGCAUUGGCCUCAUUAUCAGUAGAUACAGAACAAAGCAAUACAGACUGUAUCUCCAGGCCAUUGGAAGAGCCCAUGGAGGAAGAGCCAGGUCCUUGAUCUCCCCUCCCUUCCCUUUGGACUCCACACACCGCAAUCCUUUUUUUAAUUUUCCUUUCUUAG